AUGCGGGGACAGGGCACCGUGGGAUGGCUGUGGGACCUGCCAACACUCUUCCAGGACCCCAAAGCUGCCUGGGGAGCUGGGAAAAGGACGGCUUGGCCGCUGUCCUCGGAAGCCCUGGCCUGGGUUUUCCUUCGUUCCUCACGACCAGCCCCCUUCAAGGGCACCCUGCCACCUGCCAGCGACGCGAAGCACCUGCUGGGCUCCCAGGGAAAGUCACGCUGGUUCCAGCUCACGGAGCAGGAACACAUUCCCCACUGGAUCCAAACCUCUGCAUUCUCAGGUGGGCUGGGCAGGAGCCGGCGCAAAAUCAGAUGCAUGGCCCGAGCUGGGCUUCCUGUGCACAUGGUGAAUGGGGACCCGGACACAGGCCGGCCAUUGUUAACGGCACCUGGGGCUAAGCAGCCGCCCCGGGGCUGGAGAAGGCAGGCUGGGUCCAGCUGCUCCCGGGCAAGGGGUGUCUGGAGAGGGGCUCUUGCCUCACGGCAGGGGGCCCAAAGAGGUUCUAAGGGGCCUGGGGUCUCUCACCAGAGCUACGGGGUAGAGGGCCCUGGCAGCUCCGUGUGUCCUGUGACCUGGCAUCUUAGGGCUUUGCCAGGCCAGCUUUGUGAUGCCUCCCACCAGACUGCAUGCAUAAAGUCUGGAGUAUGCUCCUCUCUGAAGUGGAGGAGGCCUGAGGCCCUGGACAGGAGAAGCCACAUCCUGGAGGGAUCAGUGCUGGGACACAGAUGUCCCUAA